AUAAAAAUAUUUUAUUAUAAAUUUAUAACUUAGAAAAAUAUUAAAAUGAUAUCAAAGAUAUUUUAUUCAAUAAGUAUAUUUACUAUCGGUUCUGUAGGCGGCGCAUUAUUAGGGACUUUCUAUUUUUCAAAAAAAUUGUCCUUUAAAGAUUCUUCAUUAAAUGAUCUUUCUCUUAAAAAAGUUGGAACUUUUAAUGAAAUUAUAAAUCCAUAUAGAAUAUUUGAUUUUUGUGAUCCUAGGCCUGUUCAUGAUUUAAUUGUUAGAAAAGGAUAUAUCUCUUCUUAUAACAGACAAACAAGAGUUCCAUCAUGGAGUACAACAGAAAUAACAUCAGAGUCUUUAAAAAUGAAUAAUUCAAACAGAAAAUUUUCGAAAUUUAAAGAAGAUGAAACUAUAGAUCUUAAAUUUCGUUCUAAAAUAAGCGAUUAUUUCCGAAGUGGUUAUGACAGAGGACAUUUAAUACCAGCAGCUAAUGUAAAAUUUUCACAAGAUGCUCUUGAUGAAACAUUUUAUCUUACAAAUAUUGCACCUCAAGUAGGAGAAGGAUUUAAUCGGAAUUAUUGGUUUUAUUUUGAGGAAUUUUCCAGAAGUUUAAAAUCUAAAUUUGAGUAUGUUUCCAUCAUAAACGGUCCACUAUAUCUUCCUAAGAAAGAUCCAGAUGGGAAAUGGAGAGUCACAUAUGAAAUGAUAGGAGAUCCUCCCAAUGUUGCAGUUCCAACACACUUUUUUAGUAUAAUAUAUGCAAGAGAUACUUCAGAUGAUACUGUAGCAGUAGGUUCUUUUGUUAUUCCAAAUACCAGGAUUGAUGAUGAUACAAAACUUAUCGAAUUUGCCACACCUAUUAGUGCAAUUGAAAGGGCAAGUGGUCUUGAUUUUACAUAUAAAUUUGGAAAAAAACAAAAAGAAUUAUGUAAAAGCGUUGAAUGUGAUGUACAACAAUUUAUACGCAAAGCGCAUUGGUCUUCAGCACCAAUAAAAACAUAAUAAAUCUUAGUAAUUAUUUGGAAUACUAUUUAAGUAUUUUAUA